AUGACAAAAUUGUUUUAUGAACCAAAAAGAAUAAAUGAAAGGAAAGGGACUGAACCUCUUGCUUUAGUUUGCAUGAGGUUUUCAUGUUUAAUAAUUUCCAUGAUAAUAUUAAUGGUAUUUUUUGCUUUUAUGGUAUAUUCUGUUGCCUCCGAUGGAAGAAUCACUACAAGCGUGAUAAUACCUAAACCAUAUAUACCAAUACCAGAUUUAGUAAUAAAUGCGAAUUUUAGUUUUUCAAUGGAUUGUCAACUUCAAUACCUUGAUGGCAGAGCAAUAUCUCAAACAGACAAGGAUUCGUGUUCAAAUUAUAUAGUGCCAACAGUAUGUAAUGAACCUGAUCCUAAUGAUUUAUCAAAGGGUCGAUGCACAGGAAAAUUUCAAGUCCCAACUGAACUUCUGGAUGCACCUUUAACUGAAAGAUUAAGUUUUAGUUUGCCUGAUAAACGUUAUGGCAUUCAAUUUUUAAUCAAUAUCACUGAUGAUGUUCCUUAUGAUCCAAAAUAUGAUAAUGGUAUUAUAGUUAAAGCUUAUGAUCAAGAAUUUAAUCCACACAGAUUACCUGAAGCAGUAAAUAAUCUUAUAAGUAAAAUUGAUCCUUGUUUUAUUGAUAGACUUGAUAGUCUUAACUUUCAUAUGUUAGCCCAUCAUCAGAUUAAUAGAAUGUAUAUUGAUAGGAAGACAAGAGAAUUUAUUAUACCGUCAUUUUGGGAAGUGUUGGGCAUACCUCCAUUUUAUUUCCUUCAAACUUAUAUUAAUUCUAGAGUUGAAUCUGCAAAAAUACCCAGUAUAGCAGAUCAAUUUACACCUAAAAAUUAUGGUACUUUGUUUGUUGGUACUUUUAAUUGGAUUGAAAUAAUAGAAAGAGAUCUUAGAACUUAUAAUGUAAGUUGGUCUGCAGUAAUGCCUUGGGGUAUAUGUCAAAGGACAUGUUGUUCCCGCAAAUCCAAAGCAAAACUAUCUAAAAAAUUUGCACCAAAAGGUGUACCACUUAUGCCAUCAACUUUAGAUAAUGAUGUCGAUAAUUUAAUGAAAUUUUUGGGUUUAAUAUUACUAAGAUCAACAAAUUUCUCAAUUAAAAAUGAUGAAGAGAACACUUCAAAUUCUGAUAAUUAUUCAACGUCAACUAAAAAAGAUGAAAGAGAUGAAAAAGACGAAAAAGACAAUAUUUCAAACGCUGAAACUUCUUUACAAUCAACUAAAAAAGAUGAUGAUGAUACUUCAAAUGCUGGAAUUUCUUCACCAUUGCCAACUAAAAAAGAUGGGGAGAAUACUUCAAAUGCUGGAAAAUUUUUGAUAAAAAUUAAAAACAAAAUCAAACGUGAGAAUUCAGUUGGUCAAAAGGUUAAUAUGUCAAACCUACAACCUUCAAAUUCGAAAAAUGGAAAGCAUGAUCAAACUUUGGACGAACAGGAUGGAAAUCCUAUUCUUACUGACAAGUUACCGAUAGAUAAAGAUCAAUUUGAAGAUUCGCCAUCAGGACCUGAAAAAGAAAAACUAGCAGAUAAAAUAAUUAGAAAAUUUUCUAGAAAAGGUAAAAAGAGUACAAAUGACCCAAGUAAUAUCAAAAACGAUGAAGAUGACGACAAGAUUGAAGUUCUUCAAGAUAAAAAUGGCAGCGUUGAUGUGCCAGAAAUAAAUCCAAAUCAAAGUGAUAGUUCUAAUAAUAAUUCGCCAGGAGCUAAUCCUUCUGAAAUUGAAUUACUUCAAACACUUGUAAAUAUUGUUCAAGACGGAGAUGGCAACGUUAUUGAUGUCACUAAGUCAAGUCGUAGUAGUAUGAUUAGUCCUGAUGAGCUUAGAAAAAGUACAGUGUUUGAAGAUGAAAAUGCCAUAUAG